UCCGCAUCCCCAUCCCUAUCCCCGUCCAUGGCCAAAUCCAUUCCUCCCUUCUCUUUCAAACUAAUACCCACUCUCAUCAUCCUCCUUUCAUCUCAACCUCCACUCUCCAUCCCUUCUCCACUUCCUCUCUUCUCUCCCAUAACCAAACACCAAUCCACUCUCCUCUACACCACCACCAUCCACAUCCACCCUCCACCUCAACCCAUCCAUCCCCUCAUCCACCUUGGCUCCUCCUCCUCCUUUCUCAAGUGCUCAUCCAACUACACCCAGUCUCUUCCCCUCCUAUGCAACUCCUCAUCCCUUUGCUUCUCUUGCACUCACAGCACAUGCUUUCUCCUAUCCCAAAACCCCAUUUCCCAACGUACUAAACUCACCCCUGCCCUCCAAACAACCCUCUCCCUCCCAUCCACCAAUGGCCACAUCCCUGCUCCCUUCUCCUCCAUUCCCCACCACCUUUUCUCUUGCUCAUCUCCCUUUCUUCUCAAAGGUUUCCCUAAGUUCACCUCUGGUCUUCUCUCUUUAGGGUUCUCCAACUCCUCAUUCCCUUCCCAACUCUCCUCCUCCCUCUCCCUCCCCACCACUUUCUCCUUGUGCCUCUCCGGUUCCCCCUCGGCCCCUGGCAUCGCCUUUUUCGGUUCUUUCGGUCCCUUCUUCUUCCUCCCUCUCCCCAACCUUGACAUCUCCAAGUCCUUAACUUACACCCCUCUCCUCUCAAUCCACAAUGAGUACUACAUCAACCUUAUUUCCAUGGAAGUGAACGGCCACCCAAUUCCGUUCAAAGCCUCAAAGGCUAAGCUAAGCACAGUGCAGCCUUAUACAUCCAUGCAAACUCAGAUAUAUGAAGCUUUCUUGAAGGUUUUCAUGCUUGAAGCUGAGAAGAUGAAGCUUAGAAUGAUUGAUCCCGUGAAACCAUUCAGUGCUUGUUAUAGUGCAGACAGUGCAAGUGGUUCUGUUACUGGACCUAGUGUGCCAAUUAUAGAUCUCGUGCUUCAUGGAAAUGAUACUGUUUGGAGGAUUUAUGGGGUGAACUCAAUGGUGUGGGUGGAGAUGGGGGCAGGGUUGUGUUUGGCUUUUGUUGAUGGAGGUAGUGAUGUUGGAGAUGCAUCCAUUGUUGUGGGAGGGCACCAAAUGGAGGAUGUUUUAGUGCAGUUGGACUUGGAAAGGAUGAGAGUAGGGUUUAGCUCUUCUUUGCUUGCUAAUGGUACCUCCUGCUCUAAUUUCAAUUUCACUGCUUCUUUUUAA